UUGUAGAUGAUCUCAACCUCUCUCUCUCUCUCUACCCCCUCCCCCUCUCCCUGCAGGUUUCGAAGGUCAUUAGCAGAAUUCGGCGCCGUGUAGUUACUACAAGAACACAGAUCUUCUUUUUCUUUCUGUUCCUUCUUGAAGGAAAAGGGCGAAAGGAGAUGAUGAAGACGCUGAACACUGAAGAGUCAAUGACGAUCUACGCUCUGCUGAAAGCGGAGCAAAGGCCGUUGGACGAGAUCGCGUCCGACUUCAACUCCAAGCUUCCUAGAGCCCGCCACUUCGUCGCCUGCUCUUCCCUCGUCUUUCUCUUACAGGACAAAAAGAUGCUUUACUCAACUCAACGUUUGGUUGCAUUCACCAUUCUUCAUCAGGCUUAUGCCUCACAAAAAUCUUCUGCAAACCCUUUUAUAAACUUUAUUGUAGAUGCUGCAUCUGAAGAUGAAGCUGAAAAGUAUGAGAGAACAUUUAUUCUCCAGCUGCUAAGUUCUGAUGGUUCCAGUACUGGCAAAGAGUUUCUUAAACAGUCUGCUGCAGAUUAUGUCAACAGUUUUGAUCCUUCAUUGCAUGAUUUUCCUAAACGUGAACAGCUGCAGCAGCAGUACUGUGUUAAUAUCUCUCCAGAACCCUAUAAUUGCUUGUGUAAGGAUGGUUCAGUGAAAAGUAUGGUGCCAGACCCUGAUGUACCACUUGGUUGUGAUGCAAACUCACCCGAGUUUGACCUGCAACCUGGAGCCAAACCUAAACUUGGAUCUGGCGAUAGAGAAGAUACAGUGCUUGGGCUGUUGCGGAACUUGUCGCUGGAAGGAUUAGACCCUCAGUGGAUCAGACCUCUUCCACCAAGGCUUCCGAUACAGGAGGGGGAGCUAGUGUGGCUCAACCCUGACGAGAAUCAUGAACUUUUAUGGGACUAUGGUAUGUGUGUUGAUACUAGCAGAGGGGAAGCUGUUAGAGACUUAAUUGCAAAAGCUUUGAAGGGACCACUUGUGCCUCCACAGCAAGAGCAAGUCUUGGUGGAGUUGGCAAAUGACCCAAAGCUCGUGUAUCAUUGUGGGCUGACACCGAGAAAGUUACCAGAACUGGUGGAGAAUAAUCCUCUAAUUGCAGUUGAAGUUCUCACCAAAUUGAUAAAUUCCCCUGAAAUUGUGGAAUAUUUUACAGUUCUUGUCAAUAUGGACAUGAGUCUACACUCAAUGGAAGUUGUUAACAGGCUUACAACAACAGUUGAACUUCCCUCUGAGUUCAUACGCAUGUACAUAACUAACUGUAUAUCAUCUUGCGAGAACAUCAAGGAUAAGUACAUGCAGAACAGACUUGUGAGACUUGUUUGUGUUUUCCUCCAAAGCCUUAUCCGAAAUAAUAUCAUCAAUGUCAAAGAUCUUUUCAUCGAAGUUCAAGCUUUCUGCAUUGAAUUCUCGCGUAUUAGGGAAGCAGCUGCUUUAUUUAGGCUUCUCAAGGCCUUGGAAGGAACGAAUUGAUCCAUUUUGUUGGCCGUAGUUUUCUUGGACUAAGUAAUUAGCUUUCCUUUCCUUUUGUUGUUCUUUACAUGUAGAUAAAAACACUAUCAAUUAGAGUGCAGAUAGUCUCUCUCUCUCUCUCUCUCUCAUGUGCGCGAUCCACCAUUAUUGUACCAGUUCAUGCUUAAAAGAUAAUAAGACGAGUUUGGCAUGCAUGCAUGUUGAAAUUUACCCCAUAUACCUUUGUACAACAGCAUAGUUAUACAGGAAUUUACCCCA